GAGCAGACUCAAGCAAUUGAGAACCUCGAAUCGCUGGUCUGGGAUGAUGCCUGCCUUUUGAAUGCAUCGUGCGAGGAAGGUGCCUCUUGGCGCCAGCUCCGAGCAAAGGCAUUCGCCGUGCGAAGGCCCACUAGCCCUGCGGCCGAGCGCUAUCUCCAUCUCGUAGAUACCUUCUUGGAGCGGCAGCCACGGCAAACCUUCUUGAAGAAUGGUGCAGGGCUGCUGCAGACUUUUGGGCCCUCAUUGGGUGGCGGUGACUGCGGUGACCUCUGCGCACUGCCUGCCCCUUGCCCGGAGUUCGGCGUUUCGCAGAGAUGUCGCUACGACGUUUACGACAACGCCGUGGCUGCCCUCUACUUCACGAAGCGGGGGAAGCUCGUGGCGGCGCGGCGGAUCCUCGAUGCGUUCCUGCAUCUGCUGUACCCGCCGAAGCAAAUUCCGCACCUGUCUUUCGGCGCUCGCGACGGCUUGCCUUCAGGCCGGUGGCUCACGCUGAUCGGCUCGUCCUACACCGAGCAAGAG